AACUUUCAAAAGUCUAAUCAAAAUGCGUUCUAUUUUAUGUUUUAUAGUACUUAUUUGACACAGUAUUAGCAUUUUAAAACUACUCUUGUCGGUAAUAUUUCAACCUUUUUGUGCUGCUUGUGAGCUAUAAAUGUGCCAUCCUGGGAGGAGGAAACGUACCACUCAAAGUCUCCAACGUUUAAUCAUACUAAAGAUUUUCAUCAAUAAAAAAAUAUGUAUGGGACAAGUUUGAGUAGGAGGAACUGGAAAUGCAAGCUCCCACUUGCAACAAGGAUGCAUUCCAAAACAUCCUGGGGAGAAGCAAAUCGCUGUCAGAAGAAAAGGAAGUUGACAAACCUACACUCUCGCAUGAAAAUUCUAAGAGUGGAGAUGGAAGAAAUAAGUAAGGAACAAAAAAAUAUAAAAGAAGGGCAAAGACAAGUGCGAGAAAAGUUUGAAGCCAUUGAAUUGGAAUGUGGAAAACUUCGAAAAGAGACUAUCCUCGUAACACAACAAAGUGUCAGCACCCAAUUCCGCCUUGCUCUUAUGUUCCAAAUCCUGAAAGCUAGAGAAAACCACGACUUUGCCAAAGCAUCUCAACUCACUUGUUUUCUCCGUGAACUUAUAGCGAGAGAGAACAAGUAAAAACAAGUAAGAGGAAUGCUGCUACAGCAAAUUAAUAAAUGGUGGACUGGAGCACAGUCCGUUGUACUGUGAUAAAUUAGAUUGUUUUUUUUGAAACAUGCUCUUUGAGAGGUGGAAUUAACAGUGGACCAAUGAUUGAGCCACAUGCUCCCGCAGUUUCGUGCUAAGCCUAGAUAUGCUUGCUGUGAAGAUCCCUUGAAAUGACUCUUCUUGUUUGUUUGGAACAGAUAGUACUCGUUUCUUGUGUUUAAGUGUUUGCUGAGAAUAAUGCCACAGAAUGGCUCUCCUUGUUUGUUUGGGUCUGAUGAUAUCCGUCUCUUUUGUUUAAGUUACUAUCGAUUUUUGUGUUUGGGUGUUCUUUACAAUCCGUUUGCUCAACGUUGCUUUUGAUAAAGGACCGACUUGAGGUUUCCAUGUGUUGAAUUAUUUUUUAU